AUGCCUCCAACUGAAGCUGAAGUUCCACAACCCGUGGCCGCUUCAAAGCCGAACCCGCGAAACAACCCGACUAUGUUCAAAAUAUUUCAAAACGUACAAUAUAACGUUGUCCAGCACAAGAAAUACGUAAAAGAAAUGAUUAAACUGUAUAAAAAGCUUGAUGAAAAUAGUUUUCGUGAGAGCUUCAAAAAUGCCAUGAUGUAUUUAUUUACAUUUGGCGACACCAGUGCAAAUGUGGACCGUGUAAUACAGUUCGUAGCCACAUUUUGUACCUCUUUAGAUGAUGAAGAAGAGUUCCUGUUAUUUAUAUUUGAUAUUAUAUUCAAUUGUCAAUGUGUAUCGGGGCAAUCAGUCAGGUAUCGUGCCAGUCAGCUUUUGGCAGCUGUCCUUUCAGCUUUGGGAGAUGAUGCAUCACUUGAUGAUGACUUGUGUGACAAGCUGCUUGCAUCUCAGAUGCAAAGGCUACAAGACACGCGUGGUGCCGUACGCUGUAGAGCAGCUCUCGCGUUACAACGAUUGCAGAAUCCCAUGGAAUCUGACGAUGAAGUGACUCGCGCGUACCGAUUCCACAUGAGUUGCGACCCGAGCUCUUCUGUUAGAAGGGCUAUUGUAAUGUCUAUUGCUAAGUGCAGUCGCAACGUCCCCUUUGUAUUAGAGCGAUUAUGUGACGUUGACGAGGCGGUAAGACGCGCUGCGUUCCUUUACAUAGCAGCCAUUAAUGUUACACAGCUUAGAGUUCGGCAAAGACUUUUGACGCUCAAGGUAGGUUUAACUGAACGCAGUCUUCGCGUACGUCGUGUCGUUGAAGAAAUUCUUAUACCGGGUUGGUUAAGUACCUUCCAAGGGAAUAUAGUUGACCUAUUGAAGGCGAUACGCUUGGAUAAUGCGCACGACGCUAAGGAUUCGCAGUAUGUUGCUGGCAAACUACUCGAAUCUUUAUUUAAACGUUUACCAAUAUCCGAACUUCUGGAAUGGCUACCAACGGAUAAAAAUCUGCGUCUGAUUCCUGCAGAAAAAUUAAAUAAAGAGACGGCAUGGUACUGGCGCCACCUGGCGGAACAUUUACAGAAGAUUGAUGAUGACGAGACUUUGGAGACUAUAUUACCUGACUUAGUCGUUUUGACUGGAUAUAUAAGAGCCAUCGUAGAAUCACCAUGUCCAGAUGAAAGCGAAGACCCGGUCGGAUUCAGUACUCGUCAGUACGUGCUGCACGAACUGGGCACCAUGCUACGAGUGUACGAUGCGACCGACCCGACCGGUAGGACCGCCUUGCAACAAUUGGUCACUGAUGUACUUACUGGCGACUACGGGCCUCUCAACUCAGACGUGAUUCGAGCGUUCGUCUCAGCUUUAGAGCUGGUGCUGCCCGAGGUGUCUCCCCGCAUGGAAGUGAUCGGCGGCGUGCUCAACGCGCUGCGCGACCCGCCCGAGCCCGACGUGCCGGCCCCUCCACCGCCCACCAUCGAUAGCACCGAAACCAAGAUGCAGAGAGCUAGGCUUCGCGUAUCACUGAAUGUUGCGAUCGAGGCUCAGGAAGAAGCAGUAAGGGAACAGAACUACGCCCUCGCAGCAGAAUGUAAGGCUAAGGUGGCAGAUAUUCAAAAAAAGUUGGAAGAGCUAAACAUUCAGCCAGUUGCACCACCACCACCCAUGCCUACUAUAAAGGAGAAGGUAUCGGACUCCGCGACCUUGAUCAAAUGCCUGACUAUACUAAACUGCGCGUUGGAUACUCCACAACUGACAACAGUUACUCCCAUGAUGCGAAUGAUAUUCAGCGAGCUAGAGAUCGAGAUUUUUCAAAACCCAGAUAUAAUAGAAACUGCUCUGGAGACUGUUGCUUUGUAUGCAAUGUUAGAUAAGGAAUUUGCCAAAGAGAAUAAAGCUUUCUUCUUCGCUAAUCUAAUUGAUACAUCAAACGAACGCACAGUGUCCACCGUGCUUCGCUGCAUAGUGGACUUGUUGUGCGUACACGGAGCGCGACUGUUCGAAGAUGAGAACACUCAGAUCGAUACAGCAGCAAACACAACGCGAAAGCGCAACACCACUCACACUACAAACAAUACUAUCGAUGACGAUGGUAGCAUAUCAGAAUCCGCGAUAUCAUUAUCCCCAACGCAUAGCACUGUUAUUGAACUACUCUUGAAGAUUAUGGAUAGCACUUGCGCAGCUUACAGGCUAAUCAUUGUAGAAGGAUUAUGUCGACUAUUGCACUUGGGUCAUCUAGAAUCGUCAGCCAUACUCAGUCGGCUGCUUUUACUCUGGUUCAACCCAGCUACAGUUGAUGAAGAUAUGUUACGACAAACAAUUGGCGUAUUCUUUCAAACGUUUCCUACGACUGUGGAUGGAGCGCAAGAACAGAUACAGAAAGCUACCCUACCUACACUCCGGGCUUUAGUGAAUGCGCCUUCCAGUUCACCUCUCGCAGAAAUAGAUCAGGAAGCUGUCGUCAAAUUUAUUGUAUCACUCACCAGGGUAAACCAUGAACUAGCUGAUAGCCAAGGUGGCAUGGCAACUGUACUCUGCCAAUACAUAGUCCGCCGCCCGACGUCUCCCGAAGCUGGAUUGGCUUGUCGAGUGUUAGCUUUGCUGUCUCCACCGAGAGAUUCACACCUCGCUUCAGAACUGGCGCACAUGCUGAGAGAUCUUUGCUUGAAAUUACCGGAUAAACAGUCAUGUCGGAAUUUGACCAGGUAUCUGGGCGCUUUAGAGGCAGCGGAACGAGCCAGUCUUAAUAAAUUGUCGCAUACAGGUGUUACCGAAGGUACCAUGCAAGAAGAUUCUUUAGCGCCUUUGGGAAGGAUGACAACCUCUUUGCCACAACCGAUCGGUCGCAGCACUCACGUAGUUGUUAACGAAACCGUCGAAGAGGAGGUAGAGAUAGACGAAACCUCGCCAACGGAUGACCCUAUAUUGUCCAGGAUUUCUGAAGGUCAACCACAAGCAGAAAGCAGUCGUGCUGUCAGAGAGUCCUCACAGACCGAAGUCGUAACGAACGAAGUUCCAAUUGAUAUGCAAUCCGAUUCUAGUAGUGGCGUUUCACCUGUUAAAAGAGCUAAAAUCACUAAAGCAAAGAAAAAAUUAUCAAUGAAUAAGCAAGGCAGUGGUUCUGAUUCGACUAAGGCUAAAGAGAAGACUGGUAAAGGGAAAGAAAAUCCCAAAGAAGAAAUUGAAAAAGGUGGGGUAAAAAGAAGUAGAUCACAACGCUCACUGGUGGAUGUGGAUAGAGCUCAAAAGGCCAAAGCUGAAGCAAAGGCAGCUGAAAACGCCAAGCUAGAUGCUAAAGUUAAACCACAAACCAAACCAGAAAAACCAAAAAAAGAUCCUAAAGCUAAAAAGAAACCACCACCAUCCUCAAAAGAAUCACCACCAUCAGACUUAGAUGUUUCUAACAUUACUAUAAGAAAAUCUACAAGAAGCUUACAAUCCGGUUCUAGUACAGAAUCUAGUGGCUCCCCGAAAGUUAAUGCUAAAGGAAGGAAGAAGACGGAAAAGCAAGUGAAAGAAAAAGAGGUGAGCAAACCAGUUAGGCGUUUGACGAGGUCGUCGACGGGGUCUGGCCGCAGCAGCGCCGGUAGUUCGCGGUCACAGUUUGAUGACUCGGAUGAUACCUUGCUACACACAAUAGUCUAUGAGAAAGAAUUUGUUCAAGAAGUGUUGAACGACUCGAGCGAACUAAUCGACAGUAGGCGUGGAUCUAAAGCGAAUGUCACCAUUCCUGAAACACCUGAUGGUAGCGAAGAGUCAGAUUCUGAACCCGAAAUACCAAUAAAAGGCAAACGAAAUACUAAGAAGAAAUAG